GGCUUUCUUCCGAUCCUGACCCGCACCCGCAGCAAGAUGUCCACCUUCAUCGAGUUGUUGGACCAGAGCAUGUAUCAUGUCCCGUCUUUUACUUUAGAAACCGGGCCCGUCAUUAAGAACGUCCCCGUCGCCUACAAGACAUGGGGAGAACUCAACGAACAGAAGAACAACGUCAUGAUCAUCUGCCACGCAUUUACUGGAAGCUCUGACGUUGAGGAUUGGUGGGGUCCACUGAUGGGCCGCGGGAAGGCCUUUGACCCCAGCCGCUACUUCAUUUUCUGCGCAAAUGUUCUAGGCUCGCCCUAUGGAUCGGCUUCGCCCGUGACCGUCAACCCGGAGACGGGAAAGCCCUAUGGCCCCGAGUUCCCUCUUACGACAAUACGCGACGACGUGAGGAUCCACAAGCUCGUGCUGGACCAUUUAGGCGUCCAGUCGGUGGCUGUGGUCAUCGGAGGUUCUAUGGGAGGCAUGGCUGUCCUCGAAUGGCCGCUCUGCACUCCGCCGGGCUACGUUCGCCAAAUCCUGCCUAUUGCCACCUCCGCGAGGCACUCCGCGUGGUGCAUCAGCUGGGGAGAGGCGCAGCGCCAGAGCAUCUACAGCGAUCCCUCGUACGAGGACGGCUUCUAUACGUCACAACCCGCCUCCGGUCUCGGGGCAGCGCGCAUGGCAGCCCUACUCACAUACCGGUCCCGAGAUUCCUUCGAGCGCCGCUUCGGACGUAAGCCACAGAAGACGCACGCCGACACCACGCUCACGCCGCCGCGUUCUCCCGCGCUUCCCCCCAAGGACGCUUCCUUUGCCGCACACAACGACGGAAUGCGGCCGUCCCAGUCCCGUCCCGCCACCCCCGCCAUGCCUGGCUGGCACACUUCCCCGACGGAGCGCGCGGGAUCUCCCCCGCGGCCGCCCAUCUUCUCCGCCCAGUCCUAUCUCCGCUACCAGGGGGACAAGUUCACGUCGCGCUUCGACGCGAACUGUUACAUCCACAUCACGCGCAAGCUCGACACGCACGACGUCGCGCGCGGACGGCUCCUCUCGCCCGACGAGGACGAGGACGCUGCGCUCGCGCGGGUGCUCGCCGGGGAGCCUGCGGGCGCGCUAGUCAUCGGGAUCGAGUCGGACGGGCUGUUCAUGCCGGCGGAGCAGCGCGUCAUCGCGGAGCACAUCCCCGGGGCGCAACUCGUGAUGAUCCCUUCCCAGGAGGGGCACGACGGCUUCCUGCUCGAGUUCGAGCUCAUCAACGGGCACAUCCUGCGCCACCUGAUGCAGGCAUUCCCCGAAUACUACCGCACGGAGACGGGCGAGGUGGUGGUCGAGACACCGGCGGAGGACUUUUCGAUCAAGAAGACGAGCAUGUUUGGGGAGGCGGAGGCGGACAUCACCCGGUGGUGAGAGUUUGCGUAGAUUGGUGGCGUUGGUGAUGUUGUUGUCCUUGCUGUGGAUCAUCGUCGGUAUAAUUUGUAGCGUUACAUCCAACUGUACUUUCCCCGGACUCUGCAUGCGCAUCUAUCCAGUGGCUGUUCAACCCGGCCUAUAGAGAUUUGUCGUGAAUCGAUUUUUGAUUACAUUUUUCGGACUACAGCGUAU